CUGAAAGCUGCGUGUUCCAGGCCCGUCUUGAUUGCAACAACGUGAGUGUCUUGUCUGUAGCUGGUGGAUUAUUAACUGAGGUUAUUGGUCUCCAUGGCAAAACGAUUACGUACUCGGAACAUAACCUCAUUUAUGGGGGUGCAAAAAAAUAGGACGCCAGGGCAAGGAGAAUGUAUAAAUAAAUGCCCAGUGAGGGCCUGAGAGGAGAAGCCACAGCAGCCCCGAGGAUACAGCCAUAGGCUGAGUUGGUUCUCAGCCUCCGAAUAGGAGUUUGCAUUGGAGACAAUUACCAGGACUCUGAAGGAAAGCUGUGAAGGUUCCGUGAAGGAGGCAGUGAGGGGUCUUUUCCCUGGAUUUAUAUUGUUUGGCCAGCAUGUGUACUGGGAGUUGUGCCAAGUGCCUGGGGGGCUCCCUCAUUCCCCUGGUCCUGUUUGGCUUCCUGGCGAACAUUCUGCUGUUUUUCCCUGGAGGGAAAGUGAUAGACAACACCGAAAACCUUUCCCAGGAGGUCUGGUAUUUUGGAGGAAUACUGGGUAGCGGGGUCUUGAUGAUCUUCCCUGCACUGGUGUUCUUGGGCCUGAAGAACAACGACUGCUGUGGGUGCUGUGGCAAUGAGAGCUGCGGGAAACGAUUUGCUAUGUUCACCUCCACAAUAUUUGCUGCAAUUGGAGUCUUGGGUGCAGGAUACUCAUUUGUCAUCUCAGCCGUGUCGAUUACUAAGGGUCCUAAAUGUUUCAUGGACAAUGGUACCUGGGGCUACCCUUUCCACAACGGAGAUUACCUCAGUGACGUGUCUUUAUGGAGCAAGUGCCUAGAGCCUGUCAACGUGGUUGCCUGGAAUCUGACCCUCUUCUGCAUCCUGCUGGUCGUGGGGGGAAUCCAGGUGAUCCUCUGUGCCAUCCAGGUGGUCAACGGCCUCCUGGGGACGCUCUGUGGAGACUGCCAGUGUUGCGGCUGCUGUGGGGGAGAUGGACCAGUCUAA